GAGUCGGUGACCCUUGAUAACGCUGGCUUCCAGUUUCACCGCCAUACGGCCAAAUACACUUCCUUCUCCCAUGACACAGAAAUCGAGAAGGAAUAUUACCCGGAGACUAUUGAACUCCUCAAGAAAUUGACUGGGGCGAGCAGAGUCGUGAUUUUUGAUCACACCAUUCGUCGUCACCGCCCAGGAGAAUUUGAUGACUCUCCAGACCGCCGUCAACCGGUUGCGCAAGUCCACGUUGAUCAAACAACUGAAUCCUCAGUGGCCCGAGUUCACAAACAUCUCCCUGCUUCUGAUAUUCCCGAACUUCUCAAACGUCGCUUUCAAAUCAUCAAUAUCUGGCGGCCCAUUGGCAAUCCAGCAUUUGAUUGGCCGCUGGGACUAUGCGAUUACAGAAGCGUAGACCCCUCAGACGUCGUGCCUGUGGCCCUUAUCUAUCCUGAUCAUGAGGGGGAGACGCUUGGGGUAAAAUUCAAUCCGAAUCACAAGUGGAACUAUUUCCGUGGCAUGACGUCAGAGGAGGUCGUAUUGAUCAAGUGUUUCGAUUCUAUUCAAGACGGAACUGUGGCCGUAUUCACUCCCCACACCGGAUUCAAUGAUCCAACUACGCCGAAGGACAGUCCUUUGCGACAGUCCAUUGAGGUUAGGGCUUUAGUUUUUUACGACUGA